CAGCGAGUACGAUCGAGGGUGUUUUGCGCGUACGAGCGUUCAGGGAGGGGCAGAUUCCCCUAGAAUACGCGAACGCGCGGUGCAUGAGUUGUUCCGGGAUUAUUGUAUGUGUUUUUGGGAAAACUAACGAAUUGCCGGUGGUACGUGAGUAAUUCGGUACGAUAUGUUGUAAUAAAUCGAAAAAUUGGUGUGAUUUUCUCGGUUUUUCCGACGACAAAGGUCCGCCAUUUUCGUGCCGCUGUCAAGAGGGGUAAUUUGUGCGAAAAGUGCGAAUUUUCAGUGACAAGAGCGAAUAGGAAAAAUCUGGUGCAAUUUUUUUAGAGUGGGCGGGUGUGAAAAAUAGAAAUUCUACAUAUCACAGGUUGAAGAGCACCUCAACCAGCCGAUGGAAUAUUCAACAGCUUAAAAUCUCGAUCGGGUUUUAUCGGGGAAGACCGUACGCGACGUGACGUAAUCUCACCCCCCGAUAGUAGCCGAUAGUCGCGCGAGCGGCCGCGAUUCCCGCCGGAAAGUGCCGAACACCCGCCGCCACCACGUCGUGCAUCGAGGAUUGCGCCAUGGGGUGCACGGUGUCGGCCGAGGAGAGGGCCGCCAUCGCCAGGACCAAGGCCAUCGACCAGACCCUCAAGGAGGAAGGGCAGAAGGCCAAGAGGGAUGUAAAAUUGCUGCUCUUAGGUGCUGGCGAAUCAGGGAAGAGUACGAUAGUAAAACAAAUGAAAAUUAUCCACGAGAGUGGGUUUACACCGGAAGACUUCAAGCAAUAUAGGCCAGUAGUGUACAGCAAUACCAUUCAAUCUGUCAUAGCUAUUCUGAGGGCGAUGCCAAACCUCGGUAUACAGUAUGGAAAUAAUGAAAGAGAGAUUGAUGGCAAGAUGGUGUUCGACGUUAUACAGAGGAUGGAGGACACGGAACCGUUUUCGGAAGAACUGAUAGCGGCGAUGAAAAGGCUGUGGGCAGACAGUGGUGUUCAGGCGUGUUUCGGACGGUCCAACGAAUACCAACUAAACGACUCUGCCAAAUAUUUCUUAGAAGAUUUAGAUCGACUGGGGGCGAAAGACUACCAACCAACAGAGCAGGAUAUUCUGAGGACGCGCGUAAAAACCACCGGCAUCGUUGAGGUGCAUUUCUCAUUCAAAAACCUUAAUUUCAAAUUGUUCGACGUGGGCGGUCAAAGAUCGGAAAGGAAAAAAUGGAUACAUUGUUUCGAAGAUGUGACGGCAAUUAUUUUCUGCGUGGCUAUGAGCGAGUACGACCAGGUGCUUCACGAGGAUGAAACCACCAAUCGUAUGCAAGAAAGUUUGAAAUUGUUCGAUUCUAUUUGUAACAAUAAAUGGUUUACGGACACGUCUAUCAUCCUCUUCCUCAAUAAGAAAGAUUUGUUCGAAGAAAAAAUUAAAAAAUCACCGCUUACGAUAUGCUUUCCAGAAUAUACAGGAGCCCAGGAAUACGGCGAGGCGGCCGCCUACAUCCAGGCCCAGUUCGAGGCGAAGAACAAGUCCACGACCAAAGAGAUCUACUGCCACAUGACGUGCGCCACCGACACGCACAACAUCCAGUUCGUGUUCGACGCCGUCACCGACGUCAUCAUAGCCAACAAUCUGCGCAACUGCGGCCUCUACUAGACGGCCGCGCCACCUGUCCGGGGACUAUAUACAAAUAUGUAUGCGCAUAUACGUUUCCGUGUGUGUGUGUAUGUGUUCCGAUGGGGAGUGAUCGCAUCUAGUCGGCGUUCAGGAUACGGAUACCUAGUACUACCAUAGGAAAAAUGACAUACAUAUAAUUAUCAUAUUAUUUAUUUAUGAGAUGAUGGAGAAGGUUAUCCUAAAACUAAAAUUAGUUAGAAAAGAGAGGACGGAGGUCUUAGCUUUGUUCGACUCUAGCUGCUUUUCCAUUGGUUAGGUUCUAGUUAGCGUAUUUCUUCUCAGUGUCUUUGUACAGGGUGGUCCGAAUUGUAAGCUUCGGCAGCAGAUUCUGCAGAUAAAAAUAAGUCAAAAAAAUCGUAUAAAUGUAUUAUGUGCUAAUGUGCUUGGUUUCGGAGAUACAGGGCGUAUCAGUUUCAUUUUUAUUGCGAUUUUUUCCAAAUAAUUUCUGAACUAACGUCGAUAUUUGGAUAAAAAUUGGUAGUAGGACUCAUAGUAUGAUUAUAAUGACAUCUAAAUCAUAUUUCUAAUGUAAAAAAAACACCCAGACACCAAUUCUCAUUCAAAUAAGUUUCAAUUCAUUCACGUUUUUUAAUAUUUGGAAAAAAUCCAAAUAAAAAUGGAACUUCUACAUUUUGUAUCUCCAAAAAAAAGCACAUAAUAAAUUUUAUACGAAAAUUAUUUACCUAUUUUUAUUUGCAGAAUAUGCUGCCGAAGUUUCCCGCUAUACAGGCUGUAGCUUCUACACCCUGUAUAUAGACAUAUUCUUUUGUAGUAAUGUGACUCUUUCACUCUAAUUCAUUUUCUACACUGUAGAAGAUGAAUUAGAGUGAAAAUUGCAGGUUGUUAGUUUUUUAAAAAAUACAUAUGCAAUUUUUUUCUUAAAAAAAAUAUAUGUUAUAGUGCGUUACAAUAUUAUCGAGUUUUCAUGAUCAAGUUUGACACUAAAAAGUUGAAAAUUGGUGGAUGUGUAUUUUUUAACAUUAAAUUUUGUUCGUUCCUAAGAUAAAAACAUUUUUUUUAGGCUGUAAUAUGGUCUAGUUUAUCCAAAUGAAAAGCAGCUAAUACAGUAAAUAAGAGAGUCGUUAAAAAUGUUAAGAUUGAAAAAAAAACGAAUUAUAUACUUCGGUUUUUUAACUGGCACGCACCAAAGUGGAGUGAGAUAAACAAAAAACGUAUAGAAUAAAAAUGUGUUCUUCAUUUAAUGAAUAUGUCUAGUAUUUAAGUAUAUGCUCUGGUGUAUGUUUUACAUAUUUUUGUUUCGCGGUGAGCGCAGAAAGAACAAUGGAAGAAGUAGUACUAUUACGAACACACAGGCGGUACCACUAGGAUCAAAACAAUGUGCUUCCCUACAAACAGUAUGUAAAGAGAACCGCUAUAGUGUUUCUGUGCUUAUCGGUUUCGCAUUCAAACUCAAAAUAGUCACACAUUAAAAUCGGCUUUGGCCUGUUUUUUUUUUGUUUAAAUGGUUCAUCACUUCAUGCAGCUACAUAUAUUACCGCACAAGAGGGCUGUUGAUUCUUUAUUAUUUCACCUUUUCGCCCAGCACAAUAUUUACAAGUCUUUUCCUAUUUCCAAACGCAUAAUAUGAACAACUUUUUUUGAGGGAAUAAUUGAAAUAUUAAAGUUAUUUAUCUCAAAAAUAAUAUGUUUUAAUGUCGUGUCCAGAUCACAAAAGUUUUGAAACAUUUAACAAUUGUUAUUUAAAUCGAAAUAAUUUGAAAAAUACUAUAUACAGUUUAUCGUUAGAAUGAUAGACAGUUGUCAAAUAGUCUUCAAACUGUAUUCAAUGCUAAUAUUUCAAUAUUUUCUUCAAACAAUAUAAACUAUUUUUGUCCGUUCUUAUAAAAUAUUGUACACAUUAAAAUAGAUAAAGAUAACAACGGUGCCAUGGUCCAGCAAGACAAUUGCAUUUAUUCUGUUUUAACUCUGUUUUGUAAAUUAUAUUUUAUUUUAGAGUAUAUACAUAAUAUAUGUCUAAAUGAAUGUUACGUUAUACACUUUUAUCAAAAGAAUCUGAAUCUAGGAGUAUAUAUUAAGUUUUAGUUAGUUACCAUUUUUUAAAUGGAGAAAAUUGACAUCGCAUCCUAUAGCGCCUUCUUCAAGUGCACUAAAAUUAAAAGACAUUGAUAUUUUAAUUUUCGAAAAAAGGUCAACGUUCAUGGACCCGAAAAUUCAUUUAAGCUCAACUAGAUUCACAGUGAAAAAUUAUAUAUUUUUUGGUAGGAAAAAUUUGUUAUUCUGUUUAAAAUACGAAUUACGAUUCUUUAAAAUUAAUGAUCAGACAUUAUAAUUAUUAUUAGAUAUUUUGUUUGCAAAAGAGCUAUAGGUGGUAGUUUUUUUGUUAGCAAAAUAUGUAUGAAUAAUUGCAUUAUUUACCAUAGAUCUUUUGUUUGCAAAAAGCCUACUACAAAAUGUGGAAUUUCGUAUUUUACACAACAUAAUAAAAACUGACCAAUAAAUAUGCAAAUGUAUUACUGAAUAGAACGUUUGAUAAAGGACGAUGUUUUUCUCCAAACAAAUAUAAAAUAAUGAAAAAACCAACAAAAUCCUUUGAGACAUUAAAGUAUAUAAUAAAACUACUUAUACGUUUAAUAUGUGUACAUAAAAAAAUAUAUGGCGCUUAAAAAUAAUUAAAAAAACGUAGCUUCAGUCAUUUACGUAGAUGUAGUUCAAUUCAUUUUAAGCAAAAUAUGAAAAAAUGAGCGAAACCUAUUUGUAUUGUUCAAAUUUAGGAUGAGUGUUUCGUUUUUUAUCAUUACCAUUGUUUGUUUUGUUUUCGAUUCCUCGCAUAACACAUUUUAGAAAACCCAUUCAAACACACAUGUUCAUGGCCAUCAUCAGGACCAUCCCAUAAAGGUAGUAUAUUCUAAAUGUUUGUUAAGUCUGUCUCAUUUGUUGAAAUUUCUAAAAUAUGUUACUUUUAGGUAUUCAUUUUUUUUAGACAAUAAAAUACUCCCAAAAAUGCUGGAUAUAAACAGAGAUAUCACGCAAAGUAAUCAAGUUUUGGUGUGCAAAACGGCUAUGGGUAGUUUUGAAUAAAAAACGUAUAGAGAAAUAACUAACAUUUUGAUAAAAAAAGAGGUAUUUCAGGAUUUUUUAUUGUCACUUGUGAAAAAAAUGAUACUUAUAGAGGAAUAGCCACAAUAUCAUAUUCGAAAAAGGUGCAUUUUAUUUAAGACAUUCCUAAGACUUUUGUAUUUCACUAUAAAAUAUUUUUGCUUACAGUGAUCUUUUCAUUUAUUUAAUCAUCAUUGACGUGAUAUUAUUUGUGUCUAUAGAGCGGUUGUGAAUAUCUCUUGACUCCAAUAUAAUUUAUAGGACACAAAUAUAAAAUAACCAGCUAGGGAAUAAGUACUGUUAACAUCUGAAAUGUUGAUUAUUUAAGCGAUAAAGAUCAUAAUCCGCACAAAUCUAAGCAACAAGAAUACAUUUAUUAUUAACUACUUAGCUAUAAAAAGAGGAAAUUGUGUUUUCGACACCGUGGUAAAAUACAAUCAUCAUCCAUUCAUAGUCGAAAAAAUUAAUUAGUACAUGUAAAACUAUCGUAUUUUUACGAGCGGAUGACGAGAAGUAGUAGGCCGUGCUUUCAAAACGCCUCAAAUUAUCUGGUGACCUUGAGAAACGAUCGUUGUUUUAAUUAUUUGAAACCUGUCAAUUAGUACUCGAACAGCAUAUCAUUGUUUAGAACUGUUUAAAAAGGGCUAUUGUAGAUAUCCUAUUAGCCAGUAAUUUGCAGUGUUUUGUUUUGAUUUGGUUAAAAAAACUAUCUUAAUUUUAUGAAAGGAGUUUAUUUAUACAUUUAACAAGCUCUAUAAAAAACAUAUUUUUUUUUCUUAAUGUAUCAAACUCUUUUUAAAUCCAAAAUGGGUCACUUGUUCCUGUUCAGCAGCGACUACGAAGUCAUUUUCCUGAAAAUACGAUACAAAUUGUUGUGUAUAAAAUUAAAAUAAUAAUAAUAAUUAUAAAAACAAGAUACAUUUGUAAGUAUUUAACUUAAUGUUGAGUAGUGUCGAAUUUAUUACAUUUUCAUUAUUUAAUUUAUCUAGUCAAGUGAAUUGUUUGUUUAAUUUACGCCACAUUAAUGAAGUGUUUUUUUUUGUAUAUUAUUUCGAAGAUUAUUAUAUAAUAAAUGUAAACAUUAUGAUUUUCGGUUCGUAUUUCACUUUAAGUUUUCCAUUUUCGUGUAAUUUUUAAUCUUAACGAUGGAAUAGUAGUCCAAAAUGGACGUGUUUUUUUUCAGUUUUAUUAGUGAAAAAUACGUAAUACCAUUUACUUGUAUAAAAAAAUAAAAUCACAAAAAAGUAUGUACCAAUCUCGAGUUAUUUCUAUAUCCAUGUUUAUUGCAUAGACAUUAAAAGUGAUAGUUGACUUUUUUUAGCGAAUUAAUAUGACUCACAUUCUUUGUGAAUUCUGACAAAAAGUAAAUAGGUACUCUUUGAAUGAGUAUUAUUUCUUUUUGAGCAUAAAGGCUCUACUGCUUUUUAUGUCUAUGGUUUCUGCUAAUUUUUUCACGAUACACGGACACGAUACAUGCCAUUUCUUUCAAUUUUCCAAAGAUAUUUGCACUUUUGUAUAUAUUUCUUUUGUUAAUACACUUGGGAAAACUUAUGCGAUCUUGACUGAUUUUCUUCCUGAAUGUAUUAACGAAGAAUACUUUUUCAAAAUACCAAAAAAAAUGGAUAGUCAUGGAUAGUCCAGUGAUUUAAAAACAUCAUAAAAAAGGAUUUCCACCUAUUUAUUAAAAAAAGAUUGAUAAAGUAAAUGGCUCGAUUAUCUACAUACAAGAUAUAUACUUGCAGCAUUCUCUCUCUCCUUUGCAUUAUUUAAUCAUUACAUAUAAAUGCCAUAAAUGAUGACAAAUAAAGUGUAAGGACUAUUUAGAAGUAUCACACACCUACUAGUAGAUGUAAAAUCUUUUAUCAACGGUAAAUAAAUCAUGACAGAGGUUGUUUACUACAUGUAUGUUUGUUUCUCUGUGAUGUGAAUAUUAUUAAAAAAAAUAAAUUUUACCCAUUUCGAAA